UUUCCCGCCAUUCCCGCUUUUUUUAAAACUUUAUAUUUGUAAUUUUAGUUCAAUUUAAUUAAAAUUGGUCUUCUGUAAAGAUAAAAUAUAAAAAUUAAAUCGUGAAUAUGUUAGCGCCAGAAGACCAACAAAUUGAAAUAUGCCUUUUAAAGUCAAAUCUAGAAGAGAUUGAAAAUGAUUUGGUUGUUCAGCGUACAGCUUUACCUACAUUAGAUGUUGAGAGCGAACAGCAAUAUAGGGAGACUAUGAAUGCAUUACGCAUUGCCCGCACCAUCAAUAGCGAAGUAGAAAGACUGAAACAGGAAAAUGUUCGCCUUAUAGCUAAGCGUAUGCAACUUAAGCGGCAAUGCGAAGAGGCUGCUUUAGCCGUGGAAAAUUCCCGGGAGAACAGAGAUAACCUACUGCAAAUGUUGACUUUGGAAGACAAAGAGGAGGAAGAACUAAUACGAAAAUAUGAGGAUUCCUUACGUGAUAAAGCUGAAAGAUUCAGAAAGGCUCGUGUUUUCUAUAAUGAGGAAGAAAUGAACAAAGAAAUUGAAGGUAUAGAAGCGACGAAUGCUGAUUUGUUGAAAGAAGUAGGCGCAAGAGAGAGGGCAGUGGAUCAAAUGUAUCUACAACUCGAUGCAGUUACGCCGGACGUCCCAAACAAUAUCCUGGACAUUGUUGGAAAAUCUGAAUUGGAAAUGAAGUUGAAGGAGCUCACGGAUGAAUGCGGAGGUCUGGAGGAAAAACGCAGCCAGCUGCAGAAGUCACAGAUCAGGAAUAUUCAUUUCCGACGCGCCACGGAAAAAAUGCAUAAAGAUUAACUUGUCAUCUCUGAUUUUGUUUGUUUAAUGUUUAUCUUUUUUUGUUCUUCUCUCAUUCGUUUUGCCGUGUUAAAAGGUUAAAAGCAAAGGAGGGACUUGAUUUGAGUAAAGGUUAAUCUAAAACAUUUUCGAUUUUAAAUAACAUUGGCACAGUAUUUUCUUGUUUGUAAGAUCUCAACUACUCUUGAUGGACUUUUUUACUUG